CCUGAUUUGAUGGCACAGAAGAAACGCAAACGUCUCAGGUUACGUUUUGGCAAAUUCACAAAUGUUAAGACCAACAUGGCCAUGGGUCGGGUCACCACACUGGGCUUGGUCGAAGGCAACUCAACAAAUACUGUCAACACGGUCGAAGUGGAAGACACCGAGUUCAGUAGCAGUAAUGUGGAUAGUAAAAGUCGUGCUGGCAUUGAGGUGGCCAAUGCUGCUGGCAGCCACAUCAACGCCACCGCCACCCACAGUCACUGUCAUGGUCAUGCUGUCGUAGCAACGACAACGACGACAGCAGCACCACCAACAACAACAACAUUAUCGUCGACAUCAUCAUCAGCGCCUGUAGCAGCUACUGCCAACACCAUCACCAAUUUAAAUAAUACCGAAGAGAUACCAUCAACAUCAUCAACAACACAAAUUGCCACUGUAUCCCACCUGGUAGCUUUAGCUAAUCAACAACGCAAUGCCUCAGCGAAACAAACGUCAUCAUCCUCAUCGGUAUCAGCAUCAGCGCCAAGCAAAUGUCUGACACAACCGGUGACAGUGGUGGAAAAUCCGCUGGAACCGGUUAAAACUACAGCCUCAACGCCUGCAGAUGCUGUGAAUGUCACGACAGUGUCGGCCAAUGGCAUGUCCUCAACUGUGGUGCACAACAAUAGCCAUCAUCAUCAGCAGCAGCAAGUUGAUGACACCGAAGUGUUGGCCGAUCCACAAUUGCAACAACAAUUGGAACAAGUACAACAACAAACACAAAACGAGGUGCCAGCCUCGAUGGCUGCUGCCAUUCCACCAACAGGGACAGUGGCGGUGGCGACGACGACGACGACGACAGCAACAAUAGCCACAACGGCUAAUAAAACAGUGGUGGGAGCGGGAGGAGGCGGUGGUGCUGGCACCAGUGCCUCCAAUGCCACAACCAUCACCUCCAUAUCAGCCUUAUCACCGCAAACACCAAACGCCGCCACACCAUCUGCCCCCACGGCACAUACCUCGCACACAACACCGGCUUCCGUUUCGACCUCCAGUCAACAGGCGACACCGUUGCCACGACCCAAAAAUCCCCAACAAUUGUCCAGCAUAGCAAAUCCCAUGCAUAAGGUCACCAAACGGAAAGAAACACUAGAAGCGAAACGUGAACGUAAGGCGGCAAAAACGCUGGCCAUCAUAACGGGAGCUUUUGUCGUCUGUUGGCUGCCAUUCUUUGUCAUGGCUCUACUGCUGCCGCUCUGUGAAGCCUGUGAAAUUAACGAUGGUGUAGCGUCGCUGUUUCUGUGGCUGGGCUAUUUCAAUUCAACACUGAAUCCCGUCAUCUACACGAUUUUUAGUCCGGAGUUUAGGCAGGCCUUCAAACGAAUCCUGUUUGGCGGCCACAGGCCGGUUCAUUAUCGUAGCGGUAAAUUAUAAGA